UAAUUUUUUCCCCUAAGUAUCUUUAUAAAUCAUGCAUUGAAUGAAAAGUGUCCGUUUUCGGUUUUUGUAUUUACAACACAGUACUAGAUUUACCGCUUUUGAGUAGUUGACAUUUCAAGUUUAAGAAUUUAUACUUAUUAUUAUUGGGUUUUUUUAAUUGUGUGAAUCAAUUUGGACAUAAAGAUUGUUCCCGAGAAGUAUGAAGUAAUUCUGUUGGCCGGUUUUAAUAUUAUCUUUAAAACAUCGCAAUCCGGGACCGUCGGGAGUCGGCAGUACUAGAUUUACCGCCCACCAUAAUAAACCACGGGUUCAGUAUUCAUUUACUUUCGAUUUUAACGUUGAUGAAAAAUGGGCAAUAUAUUUUCGACAAGCUGUUGUAGGCCUAAUAAUCAUGAUAAAUAUAAGGAUUUAACGGACCAGUCGAGGGAAAGUGAUAAUGGAGAGGCAAAUGAGGACGACGGAAUUACUACAAACACUGAAUAUACCCAUCUGGCAGAAGAAACAAUUGAGCCAGUUGUGAAUUCACUCGUAACAGCAGUAGCUGAAGUGAGAAUUUCUGUAGAAGAACAAUUUCUAGAUUUCCCUUUUUUGAAGGAUGAGAAAACGAUAUCUUACAUCAAAACAUCCAAAACAAUGUUUAUUAUGAGAGGAGUUCCUGGGUCAGGGAAAUCAACGAUUGCCAGAGCCCUACAGCAGGUGUAUCCCUCCGCUGUGAUAUGUAGUGCUGAUAACUACUUCAUGAAGGAAAAUGAGUACAACUACAGAGCAGACGAUUUAGGAAGUGCCCAUAAAUUCUGCCAGGAAAAAGCAGUAGAAGCAGUUAAAAAUGACACCAAUGUCAUUGUCAUUGACAAUACCAAUGUAAAACGAUGGGAAAUGAAAUUUUACUUAGAUCUAGCCAGGCAGCAACUUUACCGUGUUGUCCUCGUACAGCCGCACACUGACUGGAAAGAUGAUCCAAAGGUUCUAUCAUCUCGGAACAGUCAUGAUGUUGAUGAAACCACCAUAAGAAAAAAGAUCAAGGCUUUCGAAGAAUAUGUUCCAUUUUACUAUGCCUGGUUUUUAAACAAGGAAAAUAGUGCUAUGGUUUAUAACAAGUGUUAUGAAACCCUGACACACUGUGUUGAGAAUGUUCCAAACUUUUGUUCAUUUGUCCUCGGAAAUGUAUGCAGUACCAGAAAAUUUCUUGAAUACUUCAAACUUGUGGAGAUUCCUGAUACAGUUUACCACUGUACAUCCAAGUUUUUAGGUGGCCCCAAAAGUGACAUCAUGGGAAGAUUAGACUAUCACAAUAGCAAACAUGUGCAAGCGGCUUAUGGUAAAAGCUUCCCUAUCUUGAUGACUGGAAUGAUUGUGACAUCAUCUGUUGUGGCUGUUCGAAUAAAAUUACCCUCUGAGGAAAGUCUGCAGUUGAUUGACAAACCAGAGGAGAAUUCAGAUGGCUGGUUUAAAAGUAAAGUCCGUCAUCAAAAGGGAAGUAGCGCACAUUUGACAAUUGCCACAGCUGAUGGAGUCCCUGCUAAAUACAGCAAUUCAGAUUUACUGGCAAUUUGUGAAAUGGAAAAGACUGGCUCAGUGAGUGCACCACCCCAUAAACUGAGUUUUGGAGUCGUCAACUUUUGGGAUAGAUAUUACUGUUCAAUAAGUUUUGAUGAACAUGUGGAAAUGAAUUCUCUCUUUUGUGGAUCAUAACAGUAGACAAACAUCUUUUACUUGUCAAAUUUUAUUUUUAUGUCCCCCUUGAAAAAAGGGGGCAUAUUAGUUUGCACGUGUGUGUCGGUUGGUUGGCCAGUCAGUAUGUCAGUUAGUUGUUGUCCACUCAUUAUCAUAGGAACCCUUUGCUUGACAGCCACCAAUCUUGUUUUACUGGUUUCCCCUACACAGUAGAUGACCCUUAUUAAUUUUUAGGUCAAUCUACUUUGGACAUACAUGUAGUAAGUUAUUGUCUGUUCAAUAUCUCGAGAACCCUGUCCUUGACAAACAUCAAGCUUGGUACACAGGUUCUUUUUAAGGAGUAGGUAAUCCGUUUUGAUAUUUGGUCAAAGGUCAAACUACUCUGGACAUAAGAAAAUAUUGUAGGCUCAAUAUCAUGUAAACCCUUGGCAUAACAGACAUCAAACUUGGUACACUUUUUCUACCUAAGGAAUAGAUAACCUAUUGAUUUUGAGGUCACAAGUUCAAAGGUAAAACUAUCCUAUUGAUUUUGAGUUCACAAGUUCAAAGGUAAAACUAUUCUGGACAUAGAAUGUAUUAUGAACUUGAUAUCUUGAGAAUCCUUUGCUUGACAGGCAUCAGACUUGGUACAAUGGUACAUCCUAAGGAGUAGAUGACCCCUGUUGAUUUUUGGUACUCUGAUAUCCCCCAAAGGUUUUCAAGUCACAAGACACAUGCUUCAAAUGACUGGUUAUUUUGAAAGGUAUGCUUAGUAUCUUGAGAAUUCGUAUCAUAUUGUUUUGUAAAUUUUUCAGGUUGUUUGGAUUGUAUAUUAUUUAACGUCCCUCGAGAGAAUUUUUCUCUCAUAUUGGAAAGAAGAAAGAUAAAAAAUACAGUCAAACUUAGAAUUGUGGUUGUCCUUAGUGAGCAAUCUAAUUAAAAUCAGACUUCUUAGAUCUGCACCGUAUACUCUGUGAUUCUAAUUAGAUUGCCUAAUGAGUUGAUAGAUAACCCAUAUUUUUCAUUAUUACUGGUAUUCUAAAUCUAAAUUGAUUUUUUUCAAUGUUUCUAAAACAAUUUUUGUUGUUUUAUUCUUUAGUUUUAUCAGGAGAAUACAUUUAUUUCAAUUGCUCUGUAAUGAAUGUUAUAUAAGUAAAUUUAGUCUUGAAAAUUUGAUAUCUUACAUAUAACCUUAUUGAAGAAUUUUUUAAAAGAGACUAUCUAUGCCCUGUUGAAUGUGAUAAAGUGUUCUAGCACACUUCUGUGUACUGUUGAAUGAGAUACAGUGACUAUUUAUGUCCUGUUGAAUGUGAUAAAGUGUUCUAGCACACUUCUAUGUCCUGUUGAAUGAGAUGAAGUGUUUUAGCAUACUUCUAUGUCCUGUUGAAUGUGAUAAAGUGUUCUAGCACACUUCUUUGUCCUGUUGAAUGAGAUAAAGUGACUAUUUAUGUCCUGUUGAAUGUGAUAAGUGUUCUAGCACACUUCUGUUUUUCAGUGUGGGAUACAGAACUUUUUAAUAACACAAUCUAUUACUGUAUUUUAAUACUACUAGUAUGGAAUUUUUUUUUAUACUUGUAUUUGUGUUCCAGCUAUUAUCCUUGAAUGCAGUUUUUAGUAUUUUGUUGAUAAUUUUCUUUUUUUUCUUUUUAGUAGUGAUGGAAUGCUUAACAUUUCCAAUUCAAUCUAAUUAAUUGUACACCAAAAGUUACUUUUAUUACAUGUUUACAUUAUUACCUUUGUAAAUGUGAUAAAGUAUGGAGAGGACAUUUUAGUUUUUAUUAUUGACUGAACUGUCAGAUCAUUCAUUGACAUUUAUUUAUUGUUUACUUCUGUAUUUAUCUUUAGCCCAGAAAAAACCACAAACCCAUGCAAGGAAAGAUUUUACUUUGAGUUUGAUUCAUUUUGAUUUGGUAUUAGUUGUGUGGCAUGUGUUUCAUUGGAAAAAUAGUCCUCUUCCUCUUUUUUUGAAGUCACGAUUUGUGGUGCCAAAACCCAGAACAAAUAAAUACGGAUAACGCCAACUCAA